UUGUUUUAAUGUUGCCAUGAAUAUAGGAAAAUGUGAUUAAUAAGUAGAUCACUAAAGCUUCUAUUUUUCUGCUAAGUCAGGAAGCCAGCUUGUAAAACAGAAAUUGGUCAGAAAUGUUAAGAUAUGCUUACAGAUCCUGACCUGUGGUACUAUAAAUAAGACAGGGGAGGAUCUGAAUCUCUUCUCAAUAUCUAGAGUCAGUAUCUUCAAGAGUAAACACAUACUGGAACUCUAGAUACUCAACAUCAGCAGAAAGUCUCUGGAGGUAUUGAAUCUCUGCCUUUGACAAUGCAACAAGUACUGAGGAAUGCACUGGUACUUAGGCAAGUAGCAAUCUGGAGUCGGGUGAGAUGAAUCACAUUUCUAUGGAAAAGGGUACACUGUCUCAUUUGGAAUCUGCCCUCAAAGGUACUAUAAUGCAUGAGUUCUGGGGUUUGUAAUGGAUACUAGUAAGAAAGGUACUCAGAUUAUGUAAGGUAUUAAUUAAAAUACCAUUUUUUGGAGCUAAUAUGAAAAGGGAAAGAGAAUAGUAUAGACAAUGUUAUGAUCCUUCAGAUGCUGGGAACCCAUAGUUGUAAAGCAUUGGGUGGAUUUCUAGCCAAGGCACAGCCCAUUGCACUGAUCCUGUCUGUGGAGUAACUCCCAUACAUUAUGGUAUUUAGAGGUCUUACCAGAUUUUCUGAAGAAUUAACAAAUGCUAUUAAUGAUUUCUACUGUCCAGCAAAAGGAUGUCCACAUGAGAACGUGCUGUUUCUCUUUAAGAUGGAGACAAGAACAUGCUGGUGGCAUCAUCGCUGGUGCCAAGUGGAAGGUGCCUAAAGGCUGCUUUGUUAUGAUUUGCCAACUAAGUUUGUUGUGUGGCCAAGUGAUAUGUGCAGCGCAGGCAGGUGCCUAUUCAGGUCAUGCAGAGUCAUGUACUCAGGUUAUGUAGAGCACUCAGUAUUUGACUUACAGUAGUCUUCCAGUUAGGACCACCACAUGUACCACCUAUUUAGACUUUCAUUUCUUCUUCUUGGAACAACUUUAACAUCUCCUUUUAACUAUUUUUUCAGCUUUCAGAGAUGAAUCAGACAACAGUGGAGUUCAUUCUCUUAGGGCUCACUAGCAAUCACUUUUUGGAGAUCAUCUUAUUUGCCAUUCUCUUUGUUGCCUUCCUCCUGAUCCUCCUGGGAAACAUCGUUGUCAUCACCAUCACACUGGUGGAUCAACACCUCCACAUCCCCAUGUAUUUCUUUCUCAGGAAUUUCUCCCUUGUGGAAAUCUGCUUCACUUCUACAUUCAUGCCAAGGACACUUUACAGUCUCCUCACAGGAGUAAAAACAAUUUCCUUCUCUGGAUGUUUCCUUCAGUUAUCCCUGUUCUUCAUCCUUGGUAUCUGUACUUUCUUCCAUGUAGCUCUCAUGUCCUUUGACCGCUACAUGGCCAUCUGCCGCCCUCUGCAUUAUGCUACCUUCAUGAACAAUAGGUUUUGUCUCCAACUGGUGCUGGGCUGCUGGGUGGCAAGUUUCUUCUUGAUGUUCUCCCCACUCAUAAUUAUAUUCCAUUUGCCAUUCUGCGGGCCCAACGUCAUCAACCACUUCUAUUGUGAUAUAGCACCACUGCUCCAGCUCUCCUGCAUGGACACAGGCCUCAUUGAGAAAGUAAUGCUAGUGACAAGUGUUCUAAUAUUACCUGGGACCUUAUCAGUAACUGCCUUUUCCUAUGCCUACAUCAUUUACACUGUCAUACACAUCCAGUCUUCAGCAAGCCGGAAAAAAGCCUUUUCUACAUGCUCUGCUCAUCUCAUUGUGGUCACUAUUCUGUACAGCAGCUCCAUCUUCAGGUACAUCAGACCAAGCCAGAGGGGUGGAAGGGAUUUUGACAAAGUUGUGUCUUUCUUUUUCUGUGUGAUUACUCAGCUGUGUAACCCUUACAUCUACACCCUUAAAAAUGAACAAGUCAAACAGGCCUUGAAAGAUCUGGUAGCAAGGUGUUUUGUAGACUCUGAUGAUAUUUUGAAAUUCAGAGCUACAAAGCAGUGAGUGCCUGUGAAUGACUUCUUAGCCGAGUUCCCAAUACCCUGGGGAAUGGGGGGAGGGGGGUGGGGAAUAAGAUGAUGCAUGGGGAUGGAUUAAGUGGAAUUCACCUCAUCUAAAUGUAUAAAGACUGACAAUGCCUGCUUCUCUGCCCUGACUACAUACAACAUCUCUUUGACUGAAUAGGUUGGAAGUAACCACAUUUGAUCCAUUUGAAAUGAGAUGUGGUAAAAUCCAAGUUGGAUGACACAGACAUGUUAAUAAACUCUUUAGACUUCUACAGGAAAUUAAAAUAAAUACUAUAUAUACCUCAGACAGAGAUGUCUAACCUUCAGAGCAGAUGACACAUCACCACACAGAAAGUUCCUGUCAUAGUGCCUGUCAUUUAAUUUACAGAGGUACACGGAGAUGAGUGAUUUCUGCAAGAAAAUGUUUUGAAUGGCAGAAGCUGGAAGUUCCUGCCCCACUGAACUGUUUUCCAAUGUGUGUGUUAACAAACUGUCAGGACACUCAGCACACUAAUAAGCCCUUAUGUCCCUCACCAGUCUCACCUGGGGACACCACCCCACACCCUUUGAACACGGAUGCAGGAGUCUUCUUUAAGCACAGGUCUGGGCAUUCCGUCCCUACCUGACCUACAUUCUGGCAGUCCCAGUCUCCAUUUCAAUCAUAGUCAUGCCCAUGUCCUAAGUCCACACAGAGAACCCUUUGUUUUUAUCAAGUUCUUCCAAGAAAUUUCUUCUGUCUCCAUGUCUGCUUCAGCGGAAGGGAUCUUAGGGGUUCUCAGGAUGUCCUGGGGACAGUUUUGAUCUCCUUAUGUUGUUCCAUACAUCAUCAUCCUCUGCCUUUGGUUUUCUACUCAGCUGCUUGGGAAAGAAACUUCAUUUCUCUUUUCUGUUUGCAGGGGGCUGACCAGAGUGAAAGGCUGAUCAAAGGGGAGUAAUUUGAUCUUUAGACAUUUCCAUAACAUAAAAUUAUAAUACCGUAACAGGAAAAAAAAAGUAAGCAAGAGCCUUGGUUAUGGCAUCAGUGUUUUAUAUUUUCAUGCUAAUGUUUGAGCUCAUACUCUUUUUCAGAAUUUGAUACAACCUUUGGAAACAACUCUUUAGGUCUGACAACUCACCCCAUGGAUAUGCUAUGCAAAUGAUCCCCUGAGUUUCAUUCAGAGUUCAGUGUAUGGGUACAGGAAUAACGUCACCUAGGUAAACCAUAUAAAAUUAAGAAAAUAAAGUUUCAUCUGAUUUUCCAGGGUCCUUCCAAAGUUAACAUAAUACUAUGGGCGAAUUAUUCCAUCCUUAGGAAGAUGGAGUUCUCUUCUCUGACUUCUUUGUCUAUAAGAUCCACCUUCAAUGACUAAAAUGUGAUGGUGUGGGCCCCAGCUGGGAUUCAGAAAUCUCUGACUGUAUCACUCAGGAGUGUUGUCGAUAACAUAUGUUUCAGUAUGUAGGUGCGUGUAUGCAUGUGUCUACAUAUCUUAACUCCUCGGUCCAUGGUCAUUUCAGGAGUGGUACUUGAACUCAGGAUGGAGUUCCCAGAGACUGCUACUUAGACCUUUUGCACCUGAAGGCCUACAGCUCCUGCAUGAGGCAAGCCUUCAGGAUCUCUUUCCUUUCCUGCAGGACAGGUGACUCAGCCCAGAGAGAGUGGGAGAACUAGCAUGGGGGCACUGUGGAUGAUCAGGAAGUAAAGGGAAGGACAAGGUCCAAACUAGCAGUGGAGAACAGGCACCCUUUUCUCUGCCUGACUGUGCAGCUUGUCCAUGUUGGUCAAGAACGGAUUUUAACCUUGCCCAGAAGUGAGAGCUACAAACAACAGUAGCUUGGCAGAUGCAUCAUGAGUCCCUAGGACUGCCUUUACACUUCCUGUGUGCACCUUCUGCCUGUAGGUCUGAGUCUUUUCUGCAAGCAUCUGGAAGCUAUGGAGGAGCUUCAAUAUGCUUACUGAUAGAGGCUACCAUCUAUGGUCUUUCUAGACACAGCACAAAUGAACAGGCUCCCCCAGAGACAUGGUCAGUCAAAGAAGAGAAUCCUCUCACAUAGGGGAAAAAAGUGCCCUCUGGAAAGACCAUAUCCCAAUAUGCCUCUUUUUCCUCAGCCCCUCAUUGACUGUAAAGGGAGCUCACCACAUCAUGUUUAGAUGCCUACACUGUAGUUGCCUAAGAAAAGGGAAUGCAUGAGAUUCAUGAACACAGCUCUAAGUGCCAUGGAAAUUCACUUAGUUUGUCCUUUUCUUGCUUGCAGUGGAUUUUAUAUGAUCCUGUAGAAAACAGAGCAGACUUUUUA